AGAACAAUCUGUCGACACCUGUCAUUCUUUACGAUACUGCUGGCGAACGGGUGUACCAAGCAGAAGUAUUUUCCAAUAGUUUUCGCCGCUUCAAUAUUUCAAUAAGUUAAUAAUGUCGCGAGUAGACUGACGGUAUAGAAAUUAUAUUAACGAAAACGAUAAGUGCGAAUGUUGCGUUUCGAUGUAUAUCAGGCGAAACCGAAAGAAAGCAAAGCGGGAAAGGACUUCCUGAAAAAUCUCACUCGAUGUGCUCCGCUGCUACCGCUCAACUGAUUAAAUAUUUUCUUUUAUUUUUCCGUUGCUUUUUGUCAAAACAGUGUCCCUAGUCGACGUGAUAACGAUUCAAUUCAACUUUAAUCAACUUUAAUAUUUGUUUUGAAUUUAUUCCCCUCGUGCAAUUCAUAUUAGUAUAGUAAACAUAUCGCCUCUGAUUGAAGUGUACGUAAAUUGGGUGCUAGUCUGUAAUUACGCGAACGGUUUGAAUGCUUAGAGUUCUUAUUCGGAUCCCAUUCAUUGCCAUAUUUGGAGACGGAGGUUUCUGAUACAUUAUUGCUCCGUGAGAGCCUGUCCAGCUGUCCCGCGUUUCCUUACCGAAUUGAUUUGACGACGUGUAAUGUUCUCUAACGGACUUCCGUGCAAUUUGCCAUUUCCUAGCUGCCUCGGCAUACCAAAGGAUAGUGGAAGCGACGAAUUACUGCCGGCCAACAUGGGAAAUCGGGAACCAGUUAUCCUGAACGUAUACGACAUGUAUUGGAUAAACGAAUACACGACAUCAAUUGGACUGGGUGUUUUUCACUCGGGCGUUGAAAUUUUUGGCACAGAAUUUGCAUACGGUGGCCAUCCAUAUCCAUUUACAGGAGUCUUCGAAAUAUCACCACGAGAUCAUGAUGAGCUUGGAGAACAAUUUCGAUUUCGACAAAGUGUACAAAUAGGAUGCACUGACUUUACGUAUGAAGAGGUACGGCGCAUAGUAGAUGAAUUAGGUAACCAGUUUCGAGGCGAUCGUUAUCAUCUCAUGAAUAACAAUUGUAAUCAUUUUUCUGGUUCAUUAACGCAGAUAUUAUGCGGCCAAGAAAUACCGAGUUGGGUGAAUAGAUUAGCUCAUUUUAGCUCAUGCGUGCCAUUUCUGCAAAGAUGUUUACCAAAAGAGUGGCUAACACCAAAUGCCUUACAACAAUCAAUUACAGCGAUUCAAGAUCGUGAUUCAGAUACGAGCCCCCUCUGAGAUCCGGCAAAAAGCGAUGGCUAACAUGUAAUAUUCUCGACAAAAUCUGCUGUUAUAGUCUAAACAAGUAAAACAAAGAUAGAAUUGUUAUAUUAUAACUAACAAAAUGUAAAGUAUAUUAUUUAACAUAAUGAGAAGGUAACGCCAAAAAGGUAUUUAGUUCUAUAUUUAUUCAGUUACCUCGUUUUGUCGUACGUAAUAGGAUCGCAUAUAUAUUGUGUUUUUUAAUCAAAUGCAUACUCUUAACACUUCAUUGUAUAUACUUGACUGAAUCGAUAUUUAUUUAUAAGGAACUUUCCUCCCCUUUCCUGCCCCGUUCAUUGAGUAGUUUUCGUGCAUUGCAAUUGAAAUCAUGCAUACAUAUUUGACUGACAUCAAAUAUUGUUACUGUUCCUUCAUAGGAUAAGAACUUUAAAACCUAAACGUCAGUAAAAAGUAUAUUGAGUAAAAAGUGGAGAAACAAACCAAGAUAUUUUUAGAAAUUAAGAUAAGACAAUUUUACGAAUUAUUCAUUGUAAUUCAUUUUUUCUCCAACGGUUUAAUAUUUAAGAUGGAAAUUACACACUAAAAAGUAAUAUAGAGAAAUUUCAUGAAACAGGCGAAAUUGCAAAGUGAUGUAGUUUUUUCUAUUUUUUCAAAUCCUUGAAGCAACUUAUCGUAAUUGUUUUAAAGUAAGACAUAAGUUCAUAAUAGAAUUGCCAAUAGAAAUAUCAAAUCAACCCAAAUUCAUUGCGCGUAAUCUUUUUUACGUGAGUAAUUUUUCCAAUUCUGUGCUGUUAAUUAAGAUUUGAUCAAUGAGAUUAAUUAUGCUUGACGAACGCUUUAUAUAUAUUUAAUUUAGUAUUCAAUGAACUAUUUUGGAUUUAUAGAUUUAUUAGUGGAUUAUUGUGCUGUUUUUUUUCAAUACGAUUUUUUUUUUCGUUUCUUGAUUAUCAUUGUUUCGAUCGGGAGAGAUUCAGUGAUGCCAUUGUCGGAAAUGAAUGGAGUAAGCGUAUGCAACGUAUACAACAGAACAUUAAUAUUUGGAGUGAAAAACUAAGGUGUUGCUAUUUUUAAUCCACUUUGAUUAAUUUUAGAUUUCAAAUGUAUGACUUAGCUUUCCAUACAUUUAAUAUCCAAUACCACAUUUUUUUCUGAGAAGAUGAUUUUGUUUUUAUGAUAUUUUUUUAGCUGUUAGUUAGAGUGAGCAACGAAAUUUAGAGCUGAACCAUUUCAUAUGUAAUUUGUUGUCAUUUCCUUCCUAUAUAAACCUUUAACGAAACA